UAUAUUUUCUCUUAUAGUAAAGAGUAUUUGAGUAGAAUAAUAUGGAAUCAUGGAUGUGGUGUUUCCUUCUCUGUUCCCAUUUGCUCAUCCUUUAUUUUUCACCCUCUCAUUCCUUAUGCCACCCCCAUGACACCUCUGCCUUGCUCCACUUCAAAAACUCCUCCAUUGUUUAUGAAGAUCCUUAUUAUUAUUCAAAGACGAGAACAUGGGAAAAUGGGACAGAUUGUUGCUCUUGGGCUGGAGUCACCUGCCACCCCAUCUCUGGUCACGUCACUGAGCUCGACCUCAGCUGCAGUGGCAUUGUCGGUUAUAUCGAUCCAAACAGUACGCUUUUCCAUCUUUCUCAUCUUCACUCACUCAACCUUGCUUUCAAUUAUUUUGAUGAAUCUCCAUUGUCAUCUCUCUUUGGUGGGUUUGUGAGUCUCACGCAUCUCAACUUGUCUAAUUCUGAAUUUGAAGGGGAUAUUCCUUCCCAAAUCUCUCACCUUUCCAAAUUAGUCUCACUUGAUCUCUCAUAUAAUUUUUUAAAGUUGAAGGAAGACACUUGGAAGAGAUUGCUCCAAAAUGCAACAGUUUUAAGGGUGCUUCUUUUGAAUGAUGGAACAGAUAUGUCUUCCGUUUCAAUCAGGACACUCAAUAUGUCUUCCUCUUUGGUUACUCUUAGUUUGGGAUGGACAUGGCUAAGAGGAAACUUGACAGAUGGCAUUCUCUGUUUACCAAAUCUUCAGCACUUGGAUCUUUCAUUUAAUCCGGCCCUUAACGGUCAGCUUCCAGAAGUGAGUUAUAGAACAACUUCUCUUGAUUUCUUAGAUCUUUCACAUUGUGGUUUCCAAGGGUCAAUCCCUCCAUCUUUCUCCAACCUCACACAUCUCACUUCCUUGUAUCUCUCUCAUAACAAACUCAACGGUUCAAUCCCCCCCUCUUUCUCUAACCUCACACAUCUUACUUCCCUAUAUCUCUCACAUAACGACCUCAACGGUUCAAUCCCUCCCUCUUUCUCUAAUCUCACACAUCUUACUUCCCUGUAUCUCUCACAUAACGACCUCAAUGGUUCAAUCCCUCCCUCUUUCUCUAACCUCACACAUCUUACUUCCAUGGAUCUCUCAUACAACAGCCUCAACGGUUCAGUCCCAUCCUCACUCUUAACCCUUCCACGACUAACCUUUCUGAAUCUAGACAAUAACCACCUCAGUGGUCAAAUCCCAAACGCCUUUCCUCAGUCAAACAACUUUCACGAAUUGCAUUUGAGUUAUAACAAAAUAGAGGGUGAGCUGCCAUCAACAUUUUCAAAUCUUCAACAUCUCAUUCACUUGGAUCUUUCACAUAAUAAAUUUAUUGGUCAAAUCCCAGAUGUGUUUGCCAGGCUAAACAAAUUGAAUACUCUCUAUCUUGAGGGAAACAAUUUUGGAGGCCCGAUCCCAUCUUCGUUAUUUGGCUCAACUCAACUUUCUGAGUUGGAUUGUUCUAAUAACAAAUUGGAGGGCCCUCUGCCUAACAAUAUCACAGGGUUUUCAAGCCUAACAUCGUUAAUGUUAUAUGGCAACUUACUGAAUGGGGCAAUGCCUUCUUGGUGUUUAUCUUUGCCAUCUUUGACGACUUUGAAUCUAUCAGGAAACCAGUUCACAGGGCUGCCAGGGCAUAUAAGUACAAUCUCAUCAUAUUCCUUGGAGAGAUUGUCUUUAUCCCACAACAAGUUACAGGGAAACAUUCCAGAAUCAAUUUUCAGACUUGUAAACCUUACUGACUUAGAUCUAUCAUCAAAUAAUUUCAGUGGAUCUGUCCACUUUCCACUUUUCUCCAAGCUUCAAAAUUUGAAAAACCUUGACCUUUCACAGAAUAAUCAGUUAUUACUUAAUUUCAAAUCCAAUGUCAAGUAUAAUUUCUCCCGCCUUUUAUGGAGAUUGGACUUAUCUUCUAUGGAUUUAACUGAAUUUCCAAAAUUAUCAGGAAAAAUCCCUUUUUUGGAAUCACUCCAUUUGUCCAACAACAAACUUAAAGGUAGAGUGCCAAAUUGGUUGCAUGAAGCGAGCUCAUGGUUAACUGAAUUGGACCUCUCUCAUAACCAACUGAUGCAAUCAUUGGACCAAUUCUCGUGGAACCAACAACUCCGUUACCUUGAUCUUAGUUUUAACUCAAUCACUGGUGGCUUCUCUUCCUCAAUUUGCAAUGCAAGUGCAAUUCAGAUUCUCAACUUGUCUCACAACAAGUUGACAGGAACCAUUCCACAAUGCCUUGCUAACUCAUCAUCGCUUCAAGUUUUGGAUCUACAACUGAACAAGCUUCAUGGCACUUUGCCAAGUACCUUUGCAAAGGACUGUCGGCUCAGAACUCUGGAUCUCAAUGGCAACCAAUUAUUAGAAGGUUUUUUGCCAGAAUCUUUGUCCAAUUGCAAUGAUCUGGAGGUUUUAGAUCUUGGAAACAAUCAAAUAAAGGAUGUGUUUCCCCAUUGGCUUCAAACUCUACCAGAAUUGAAAGUAUUGGUUUUGAGAGCCAACAAGUUGUACGGUCCCAUUGAGGGUUCAAAGACCAAGCAUGGAUUCCCCAGUUUAGUCAUUUUUGAUGUCUCUUCCAACAACUUCAGCGGCCCGAUACCAAAUGCCUACAUAAAAAAUUUUCAAGCCAUGAAGAAAAUUGUUGUUCUAGACACCGAUCGGCAAUACAUGAAAGUUCCUUCAAAUGUUUCUGAGUACGCUGAUUCUGUUACUAUAACAUCAAAAGCAAUUACUAUGACAAUGGAUAGAAUUCGAAAGGACUUUGUAAGCAUUGAUUUAUCGCAAAACAGAUUUGAAGGAAAGAUUCCAAGUGUCAUUGGGGAACUUCAUUCACUCAGAGGGCUCAACCUUUCCCAUAACAGACUUAGAGGUCCUAUUCCCAAUUCCAUGGGAAAUUUAACAAAUUUAGAAUCAUUGGAUCUCUCCUCAAAUAUGCUUACUGGUCGGAUACCUACAGGAUUAACCAAUUUGAACUUUCUUGAAGUCCUAAAUCUUUCCAAUAACCAUUUUGUGGGAGAAAUACCUCAAGGAAAACAGUUUAGUACUUUUUCCAAUGAUUCCUAUGAGGGAAACUUAGGGUUAUGUGGACUCCCAUUGACAACAGAAUGCAGCAAGGACCCUAAACAACAUUCUCCAGCUUCACUAACCUUUAGGGGAGAACAGGGAUUUGGAUUUGGCUGGAAGCCAGUAGCUAUAGGAUAUGGAUGCGGAAUGGUCUUUGGAGUGGGAAUGGGAUGUUGUGUAUUGUUAAUUGGAAAGCCUCAAUGGAUUGUGAGAAUGGUUGGGGGUCAACUCAAUAAAAAGGUGAAAAGGAAGACAAGGAUGAGAUCUAAUGAAAAUGGUAGCAGAAUGAAUUAGUUGAUAUAUGGCAUGACUGGAGAAUGUCUUCUUGCACACCUUCCUGUUGAAAUUCAAUUCUGCCUUGUUGAAAAUAAAACAUAAGGGCCAAAACCUUAUCACACUGCAUUGCAUAUGCAUAGGAGAUCUGAUUCAAAGUUUAGUUGUAAUUGUAAUAUGAUGUGUUGUACUUUUUUUUUCUCUGUUGGAUAGAUAGUGUGAUGUACUUUUUUUCCCCUUCCUUUGCUCCUGAAACUCGGGUCUAAAUCAUCAUAAGUUUGAUGUUCUUUAUUUUCC